CAAACACACAAACAAACAAAAACACGGCGAUGACGAUGACAAUGACUCAGCAACCACCACGAUUGGUUGUGGUUGUGGUGGCGCUGCUGUGCGCCUGCAUGGCUGCGGGCAGCAGCGCCAAAGGAGGACGAGAUGGAGGACGAGAGGACAGCGGAGAGUGGCGGCUGAGUGAGGCGCAGCUGGAUGCCCUGUUCACGUCGUUUGUCAAGGACUUUGGUCGCUUGUAUGCAAGCAAUGCCACGGAGCACGCGUUUCGACGUCGCGUGUUUGCACGCAACGUGCAGCUGUAUCAGCAACGCAGUGCCAGCGCUGCCACCGUCUCCGCUGGCCACACUGCCGUCUUCAAGCCAGACAAGUUCUCGGAUUGGACCGUGGAGGAGUUCCGCGCCUUGCUUGGCACCCGACCCGUAUCCACGGCUAUCGGCAACCCCAGAUGCGCCAGCAGCCCGGUCAACUGUGAACUGAGCACGAACAUGAACACAAAUGCCGCGCUCGGCCUGGCCAUCCCAGACGCAUUCGACUGGCGGAACGACUCGCGCGGUGUCAUCACAGCCGUGCGUGACCAAGGACAGUGCGGCGGCUGCUGGGCAUUCUCUGCUGUGGAGACGGUAGAAGCAAGCUGGGUGCUCAGUGGACACACUUUGCCUGAACCAAAACUCUCUGUGCAGCAGAUCCUGUCAUGCGACACACAAGCAAAUGGAUGCCAUGGCGGCUCCAUCUCAGGCGCUUUUACAUAUGUCCUGGACAAGAGCGAGCAAGGUAAAGGGUUGGAGCCGGACACGGCGUUUCCGUUCAAGUGCGACAAAGGCUGCAAAAACUCUCUCCCGCAGUGCCCAGCCCUUUCUCGACCCUUUGUCACCAUCAACGCCACGUGUCGCUGCCCCAAGAUGAAGGAGAAGGACAUGCUCGCGUUUGUUGCGAACUAUGGUCCACUUGCGAUUCAAGUGGACGCGGAGCCCUGGCAUGGGUAUUCUUCUGGCAUCAUGCGUUACCACUGCUCCUCCCAGCCCGCCUCAGCAAACCAUGCCGUGCAAAUUGUGGGAUACGGCAUCGAUUCCUCCAGCGGACCUGCAAUUCCAUACUGGACUGUUCGCAACUCGUGGGGCGAAGACUGGGGCGAGAACGGUUACAUCCGCCUCUAUCGCGGCAACAACGUCUGCGGUUUAAGAAACGACGUCAAUUUUGCGUUUUCGCAAUGAUUCCCUUAACUUUUCCGUCAUCACAAAUAAAUAAAAAAUACACAACCCAA